UCCGAAUCUCCUCUCCCCUUCUCUAGCUCGAUUUCUCCAACCUCAGAGCUGACUGCCAUCAGCCCCGCCUUCUCAGAGUGAAAUCAUGAAGAUGGUGAACCUGAAGCAGGCCAUUUUGCAAGCCUGGAAGGAGCGAUGGAGUGACUACCAGUGGGCAAUCAACAUGAAGAAAUUCUUUCCCAAAGGAGCCACCUGGGACAUUUUCAACCUAGCAGAAGCACUACUGGAGCAGGCCAUGAUUGGACCUUCCCCCAAUCCUCUCAUCCUGUCCUACCUGAAGUAUGCCAUUAGUUUCCAGAUGGUGUCCUACUCCUCGGUCCUCACAGCUAUCAGUAAGUUUGAUGACUUUUCCCGGGACCUGUGUGUCCAGGCUUUGCUGGAUAUCAUGGACAUGUUUUGUGACCGAUUGAGCUGUCAUGGCAAAGCAGAGAAGUGUAUUGGGCUGUGCCGGGCUCUUCUCAGCGCCCUCCACUGGCUGCUGCGCUGCACUGCAGCCUCUGCGGAGUGGUUCCAGGAGGGUCUGGAGGCUGGCACUCUGGCUGCUGGGGAGAAGCAGCUUGCCAUGUGCCUACAGCGCCUGGAGAAGACCCUCAGCAGCACCAAGAACCGGGCCCUGCUCCACAUCGCCAAACUAGAGGAGGCCUCCUCCUGCACAGCCAUUGAGCAUUCUCUCUUGAAGCUUGGAGAGAUCCUGGCCAAUCUCAGCAACCCCCAACUCCGAAGCCAGGCUGAGUAAUGUGGCACACUCAUUCAGAGCAUCCCCACCAUGCUGUCUGUGCACUCGGAGCAGCCGCACAAAACUGGCUUCCCCACAGUCCAUGCACUGGUCCUGCUUGAGGGCACCAUGAACCUGACAGGCGAGACACAGCCCCUGGUGGAACAGCUGAUGAUGGUGAAACGCAUGCAGCAUAUCCCCACCCCACUUUUUGUCCUGGAGAUCUGGAAAGCUUGCUUUGUGGGGCUCAUCGAGUCUCCUGACGGUACAGAGGAGCUCAAGUGGAUAGCUUUCACCUUCCUCAAGAUUCCACAAGUUUUGGUGAAAUUGAAGAAAUACUCUCAUGGGGACAAGGACUUUACCGAGGACGUCAAUUGUGCUUUUGAGUUCCUGCUGAAGCUUACACCCUUGCUGGACAAAGCUGACCAGCGCAGCAACUGUGACUUUACAGACUUCCUACUCCAAUAAUGUAGGAAGCAGGAUCUUUUGUCUGAAGCCAGUGUGAACAACCUUAUGGCCAAGCGUGCAGCAGACCGGGAGCAUGCACCCCAGCCAAAAUCAGGAGAAAAUGCCCACAUCCAGCCCAAUCCUGGGCUGAUCUUCCGAGCGGAGCCCACUGUCACCAAUAUCCUCAAGACGAUGGAUGCAGACCACUCCAAGUCCCCGGAGGGGCUGCGGGGCCACAUGCUGUCUGGGAAGAGUCUGGACUUGUUGCUGGCUGCAGCUGCUGCCACUGGGAAGCUUAAGUCCUUCGCUCAGAAAGUCAUCAAUUUGAAUGAAUUCAUGACACAUGGCAGUGAAGAAAGCACCAAAGCAGCCUCAGUUCGAGCCUUGCUCUUUGACAUCUCCUUCCUCAUGCUGUGCCACAUGGCCCAGACCUAUGGCUCAGAGGUGAUUCUGUCUGAGUCGAGCACAGGAGCAGAGGUGCCCUUCUUUGAGACCUGGAUACAGACCUGCAUGCCUGAGGAGGGCAAAAUCCUGAACCCUGACCACCCCUGCUUUCGGCCUGACUCUACCAAAGUGGAGUCCCCAGUGGCCCUGCUCAACAAUUCCUCAGAGAUGGCGCUGGUGCAGAGGAAUUGGCCCGAAGCUUGUCUCAGCAUUUCAGCGGCCAUCUUGGAAAUCCUCAAUGCUUGGGAGAAUGGGGUACUAGCCUUUGAGUCCAUCCAGAAAAUCACAGAUACUAUCAAGGGAAAGGUGUGCAGUCUGGCAGUGUGCGCCGUGGCUUGGCUUGUGGCCCACGUGCGGAUGCUGGGGCUAGAUGAGCGUGAGAAGUCGCUGCAGAUGAUCCGCCAGCUGGCAGGGCCACUGUACAGUGAGAACAGUGAGAACACCCUGCAGUUCUACAAUGAGAGGGUGGUGAUCAUGAGCUCCAUCCUGGGGCAUAUGUGUGCCGACGUGCUGCAGCAGACGGCCACACAGAUCAAGUUCCCAUCCACGGGCAUGGACACGAUGCCCUACUGGAACCUGCUGCCCCCUAAGCGACCCAUCAAGGAGGUGCUGACGGACAUAUUUGCCAAGGUGCUGGAGAAGGGGUGGGUGGACAGUCGCUCCAUCCACAUCUUUGACACCCUGCUGCACAUGGGAGGCGUCUACUGGUUCUGCAACAACCUGAUUAAGGAGCUCUUAAAGGAGACCCUGAAGGAGCACACGCUGCGGGCAGUGGAGCUGCUCUAUUCUGUCUUCUGCCUGGACAUGCAGCAGGUGACACUGGUCCUGCUGGGCCACAUCCUGCCUGGCCUGCUCACUGACUCCUCCAAGUGGCACAGCCUCAUGGGCCCCCCUGGCACCGCCCUCAACAAGUUAGUCGUCUGGUGUGCCCUGAGUUCCUAUUCCUCCCACAAGGGACAGGCAUCCUCCCGCCAAAAGAAGCGACACCGUGAAGACAUUGAGGAUUAUAUCAGCCUCUUCCCCUUGGACGACAUGCAGCCCUCGAAGCUGAUGCGACUGCUGAGCUCCAAUGAGGAAGACGCCAACAUCCUUUCCAGUCCCACUGACAGGUCCAUGAGCAGCUCCUUGUCGGCCUCCCAGCUCCACACCGUCAACAUGAGAGACCCACUGAACCGAGUCCUGGCCAACUUGUUCCUGCUCAUUUCCUCCAUCCUGGGCUCUCGGACUGCCGGCCCCCACACCCAGUUUGUGCAGUGGUUCAUGGAGGAGUGUGUGGACUGCCUAGAGCAGGGCAGCCGAGGCAGCAUCCUGCAGUUCAUGCUUACCACUGUAUCAGAAUUGGUAAAGGUGUCAGCCAUGUCCAGCCCCAAGGUGGUUCUGGCCGUCACGGACCUCAGCCUGCCCCUGGGCCGCCAGGUGGCUGCCAAAGCCAUUGCUGCACUCUGAGGGGCUUGGAGUGUCCGCAGGAGCCCUCUGGGAGGGUUCCAGCCCCAGGCGCCUCGAAAGGGAACAGUGAAGAAAGAUGAGACAUCAUUGCUCAUAUCCACAUGAU